UAUUAAAAUUUUGUAAAACCUAUUUACAAACAGUCUAUCAGCCGUCCAUACGGGACAUCUGACAUACGUCGUUCUUGUCAACCAAUCGGAAUGCCAUAUGUUUGACGUUUAUAUUAGCGUCUGUCGAUGUCUAUUAUGACAAAGUUGUUUGUCACAGUUAAAAAACAUGACAUAUAACAGUAGACUAAUAGCCUUUUCUGCUAACUAUUGGAAAUUUUCUAACAAUGGGAAAUGUAUUUGGUCUUAUUUUACUGGAAACAGGUGUUGUCAUACAAAAUGUGAUGUUGCUAUUAUCGGAGGAGGUAUUAUUGGAACCGCAAUAGCUAGGCAAUUAAAGUUAGACAACAAAGACUUAAAAAUUCUUUUAAUAGAUAAAGAAUUCAGUCUAGGAAAACAUCAAAGCAGCCAUAAUAGUGGGGUAAUGCAUUGCGGGAUCUAUUAUACACCAGGCAGCUUAAAAGCGAAAUUUUGUGUGGAAGGAAUAGAUUUAUUACAAAAAUAUUGCGAUAAUCAAGGAAUAAAAUAUAAGAAAACUGGGAAGUUAAUAAUUGCAAAAGACUGUAAGGAAGUUGAUGUCCUAAAUGAGUUAUUAUGUAGAGGCGAGAAAAAUGAAGUAAAAGAUAUUCAUUUGUUAGAUUCUUUAUGUGAAAUUCAGAAAAUAGCCCCAGGAUGUCGUGGAGUAAAAGCGCUGUGGUGUCCAAAAACUGCUAACGUUGAUUUCAAAGACGUUAUACAGCACUUGUCGAAAGAUUUUGCAGACUCAGGAGGAGAAACACUACUUAACACUAAGAUAAUUGACAUUGAUUUUUCGGCUGAUUGUAACUACCGUCUCAAAAUCAUUUCAGAAGAAUCUCCUAAAAUAUUAUCAAAAUUUGCCAUAACUUGUGGAGGCUUACAUUCUGAAGAAUUAACCAAUCUUCUGCUUGGGGCCUCGCCCACUAACGAGCGUUUCAUUUCUCUGAAGGCUGUUUAUCAAAAAAUUAAAUCAAAAUAUUGUGAAAAUUUAGCUACAAACGUUUAUCCGGUACCUGACCUAAGUAUGCCGUUCUUGGGAGCUCAUUUUAGUUCACAAAUGAAUGAAAAUAUCUUGUUGGGCCCUUUUGCUAUCCCUGCUCUAAAAGUAGAUGGGUAUGGCAAUGAUGAAGUCAACAUAACUUAUCUCUCAAAAAUUAUAACUUCUUGUGGGUUUCGAAAUAUGGUGAUUAAAAAUUUCUCUAAAUGCGUAAACCAACUUAAUAAGGCAAUCUGCUUGGACAAUCAGAUUAAAGAUCUUCAGCAGCUGCUGCCCAACUUCUCUUAUCAAUAUGUGGAAAAGGGCCCAACAGCAGUACAGUGCCAAAUAUUGAAUCAAGAUGGCACAUUUAUAGAUGAUUUUGUUUUUGACAUCUUUGCCUCUAAAGGGGUGGGAGAAAGAGUAAUUAAUGCUAAAUUCACACCAAGUCCUGCAGCGACAAGUUGCUUGGCUAUAGCUAAUUUUAUUUCCUAUGAAUUCAGUAAGAAAAUUAGAGAUUGUUAAUUAAUUAUAUUCUUUGUAUUAAUUAAAUAAUAAAAUAAAUUUGCGAUAUAAUUAA